AUGGCCAGUGCAAGUAAAUCACUGAAAAGAGUAACGUUGGAACUAGGCGGGAUGGACCCAGCCAUCGUUUGCCCGAGUGCUGACAUGGAAGCAAUAAUUCCACAAAUUGCGACUAUUGCUUUUCUGAAUUCUGGACAGCUUUGUCUUGCAAUUAAGCGAAUUUAUUUAUGUUCAUGA